AUGAUUUAUAUUUGUUGGUAUAUCAAUUUUAAGAGAUAUACAACCAUUACAAUAAUUAAAUUAAGAGUGCACUAAGUAUACUUGAAGAUAUUUAUACUGAAGGUUUACAAAUAAUUACAGAAAAAUAUUAACCAAAAUUAAAUUUUAUUAAUACCAUCAUUCUAUACCUUGCAGUUUUUGAUCUUUAUUAUUUAUAACACACUUAUUCUACUUAUGUCAGUUAUGACUUUUUAGAUUGGAUUAUUUAAAAUAUUAUAUUAAAAUGCUGUUAUUAAUUAACAGUAACAUUAUAAUACGUCAGAAAAGUAAGAAUUUAUUAGUUCUGAUUUAACGUAUGAAUUUUAUAAAUUAAAUCUUAAUAUCCAAAAUUUAUAUAUUAUAAUGCAAAAUCAAGUUGUUUCAAAAGGAAUAUCAGAAAUCUAAAAGUAUGCAAAGGCUCUUUCGGGAAAUAAAAACUAUGUGUAAAAGAAGUUAGCCCAAGAUCCCGAUUACUUCUCCAAGUUAGCUAAGGGCUAGAAUCCAAAAUAUCUAUUAAUCGGAUGUUCUGAUUCUAGAGCUCCUCCAAAUGAAUUGACAGAGACAGAUCCAGGAGAAAUCUUCAUCCAUCGUAACAUAGCUAAUGUUGUCAAUAUCACAGACUUAAAUGUAAGUAUGUUCCUGUUAACUUUAGUUAAAUUGUGUAGUCUAAUAUGCUGUGGAACAUUUGAAAGUCCAUAAUAUCAUCAUUAUGGGUCAUACAUUCUGUGGAGGAGUAAAGGCAGCCAUGAAUUAAGAUUCUGUAGGUGGUUUACUAGAUCUUUGGCUCAAUAAUAUCAAACAUGUUUAUGAGAAAAAUCAACAUCUUGUAAAUUAAUUUGAAGAUGAGAAUGAGAGAGUAGCAUGUUUAUCAUGCUUAAAUGUCAGAGAAUAAGUCCUUAAUAUGUGGAAAAAUCCAAUCGUAUAGAAAUCUUGGCAAGACGGACAUCGUAUCAUAUUUUAUUAAUUUUCUAGCUGUUAUGGUACAUGGCUGGUUAUUCAGAGUAGAAACAGGAUAUAUUGAAGAAUUGUAAAUUGAUGAGAAUAUACCUGAAAAUUUAUCGAAUGUGUUCAGGUUGCAAUUCAAGAAUGCUUAAUAAGCUGCAAAAAAUUAAUAAUAAGAUGACAAAGAUGAUUAAAAAAAUAUACCUUCAAACAGUGAAAAAUAUUAAUAAAUGCAAAAUAAACUAGUAACUGAAUUCAGAAAGUUUUCAACUACCUCUUAAGAUUCUAAUCAAGAGCCUUAGAAGGACAUGGUUAGCUAAAUUUCUGGUAUACUUUAAGAUGAUCCAAAUUUUCAAAGAGAAAAUAAAUGA